CGACUGACAACGCAAAUUAAAAAAAAAGGGUGUCGAGGAUGCACACUGUGUAUGUUGGAGAAAAAGAGAGAAGGACAAAGGGAUGAAGGAGUCCAGAGGCUGAAUUGCUGCAGAAGAGAAUCCAGUCAGUACAGGGUUCAGAAGGAGGGGCAGCUCAUCACUAGUUGAGUUUCUCAAACAUCCCACUGAUGUGCGCUUCUUAGGUGUGAUAAUUCACCUGAUACUCGGACGAGGAUACUGUACACACACACCCCUUCAAGCUAUUGAAUCUCUACCUCCGUGCGGCCUAGAGAAACGAACACUCAGAACUCGGCUGAAUCGGCUACUCGAGGUUGGGAAUAAUUGGCAGUAUUAGAUAUUCCACCGGUGGAUGCAGAUCAGUCACAACCAAGUGAAAUGAGACACAAGCGGGGCCCAGGCGAAUGCCAAAAGGCCAGCAGCAACGAUCAGAAACCCAGUGGGCGAUCGGACGUGAAUGCUCGAUUGACAAGGACAAGAGAAACUCGACCCUGCGGUGUGGACAGCUGCCUGGGAAAGUCAAAGAGCCAGGCCAAACGGGAAGAGAAGACGUUGUUCUCAAGGCUGAGGGGUAAUAACGUCGACACAAAACUACAAGUACCAAACAAAAAGAAUGGGCUGUAAAAUUUCUGCGACGAGCCUGGUGAGUCUUCAGGGACGGAACCAGUUAUGGAGCUUCCUUGGACGCGGUGCGGCUAUGUAUUCCUAAUGCCGGCGAGUUCCCUUGUUGGCGUUGGCGAACGCGCUGCGCAAACUUCACUAAAAACCCUUCCAAGCACCGCUCCUGCGGGCUUCUACGGGCACUCUGUCCAUCAAGAUCCCCGGUCUUUCCGCCAGCUGUCUCGGUACUGUACAAUAAGCUUACAGGCUGGCUCGGUGUGCCCUUCUCUGUGGGGGCGGCCCCGAACCUACGACUACUGUAUGUCCACGAGCAUGCAGAAUACCGUAUACUUGACUCGUACCGAGUCUUGAGAUGACAUUUACAGGCCAACACAAGAGUAGGACGAGGACUGAACAGAUGCAAUGGAGCUUCAAUCCUUAGAGUCGCGCACGAGACGGACUUCUCUUCUCUCUUCCAGACUGGUGACCAUCAGUUCACCCCCUUCUUCUCCUGCAAGGAGACUCUUUUAGACCGACUGGCAUGAGAUAGCGACACUACCUUCCAGCAGCCGCCAUGCUGGGUCCAAUCCUCCCAACGCGUCCAACAAACUCGCAGUCGGGCUAGCAAUACGGC